UAAAGUCCUCAUCAUCAUUCGUGCACAAUCGCUCUUGGAGUUCCACCACCGUCCCGCUGUAGACCUGCCGUUUCCCCCGUCGGCGAGAGAGAGUUGAUCAGCGGACUGAAUCGCCGGUUCGAUACCGCAUCUGAAGGUUCAGAGAGAAGAGAAACGAAGGCCGUCGAACUCCCUUGAGGGAAGAAUGGAGGAGCAAUUCAUUCUCAGAGUUCCGCCUUCUGUUGCCGAGCGCUUAGAAUCCCUUCUGAACGGAAGUGCAGCUUCUCCCGAAGAGCAAGCACUGGAUUUGUCGUUCUCUGAGAAUGGACGGAGUGGCACAUUUAGCAUUGGCAAUGAGCAAUUCCCUGCAUCUCUCUUGGAUCUCCCUUGUGUGACGGAGUCCUAUAAGACGUAUGAUGAUCGAGCUCUGGUUAAAACUGCAGACAUCGGCCAGAUGAUUAUGGUUAGAGGACCGAAUGAAUCAGCUCCAGAUACAAUUGAGUACAGACAUGGUCUCACUCCUCCUAUGAGGGAUGCUCGGAAAAGAAGAUUCAGAAGAGAGCCUGACCUCAAUCCUGAGCUUGUGCAACGCGUUGAGAGAGACCUAUUGAACAUCAUGGCUGGUGGAACAGUAGAAAAUGGUGAUAUCCAAGUGAACGAGCAAGAAGAUGGGAACCAGAAUGCAUCUAAUGCCAAUAAGAAACCUGCACCAAAGCCCGUGACAAAGCCUGAGGCUCCACCAACAACAGCUAAUGCUGAGGAGCCAGAAAGAAGUGAUUCUGAUGAUACUGAGGACUCAGCGUGAUGAGAAUGCGUGCCUUCUCAUCUACCGAACUCGGGUUAGUGUGUACAGUGCUCUAAUGUUCCUUUAUCUCCCUCUGUGCUAUAUGUUGGGCUGAGGUUUUUUCCAAUCUGUAUUGUCCAUUUCUUGGAAGCUUUCGAGGAGAGGCUUCUUUCAAAUGUAGGAAAACGAGGAGAGGAAGAAAGCUACAGAAAUGUAGGCAAGGAUGGGGAACAACUGAGUUUGGCUGGAAUCUAUUGAUAGUGGUGAUGUUUAGAGGAUGUUGAGCUGAUCCUUUCCGUUUUACAUUUAUUUGUGGACGGGAAUCAAGAUAAGUGAGCUACAGUUCCUUCUAAGGUGUGGCUAUGUAAGAUGAAAGUCAUGAAAGUGUACCCGUCUAUGGAUGCCACAGGUGAUAGUUUAUACUGAGUUGAGAAUUCCAGUCUCCAUAGCAUAGCUUCGCCAAAGAUUAAUGCUAAUUCUUUUUUGUAAAUCAUUUUUCAAUCCCAU